AUCUGUACUUAUUUAUAUUUAUACUACUGAAUUAUUAUUCAAUGAAAAUUACAAAAAAGUAAAUAUCUAGGAAAGCAUUAAACUGAUUCAGCUCACCUCAACAGUCAACUUCGACUCUAGGCACUAAAUCAAAUAAAAUCCAUUAUCCAACUCUCUUAUCUUUCUCUUUUUCUUUUCUUCUUUUUCUGUUCUUAAUCAGCAAGAUCUUUUGUGUCUUCUGUUAAAGUAUCUUCAGUUCUGUACUUUUUGCUGAGGUGAAAUAUGAAGUGUGGGUACUAAUUUUUUGGGGGAAAUUUGAACAAAGAUGCCUAAUUUUUCAUUUUGAUCUGUAAAUCUGAGGUGCUGUGAUAAAUUAGUGGUAACAAAUGCAGAGGCAAACAAGGUCUAUGGAAAGAUUGAAUAGUAUGAGGGGCAAAAGGCCCUUGGAUAAUGGUGGUGGUGGUGGUGGGGAUGAUGAUCAGCCUGAGCAAAAGAGGCCAGCUUUAGCUAGUGUGAUUGUUGAAGCUUUGAAGGUGGACAACUUGCAAAAACUUUGUUCAUCACUGGAACCUAUACUUCGUAGAGUUGUCAGUGAAGAACUUGAACGUGCUCUGGCUAGGAUAGGCCCUACUAGAGUUGCUGGGAGGGCUUCACCCAAACGAAUCGAAGGGUUUGAUGGAAGGAACUUGCAGCUGCAUUUUAGAUCCAAGUUAUCACUUCCUUUAUUCACUGGUGGGAAAGUUGAAGGAGAGCAGGGUGCGGCAAUCCAUGUUGUAUUGAUUGAUGCUAACAGUGGUCAUGUGGUGACAUCUGGGCCUGAAUCGUCCAUAAAGCUUGAUAUUGUUGUGCUUGAAGGUGAUUUUAACAAUGAAGACGAUGAAGAUUGGUCUCAAGAGGUGUUUGAAAGCCAUGUUGUAAAGGAACGUGAAGGAAAGAGACCACUUUUGACGGGGGAUUUACAGGUGACUCUGAAAGAAGGUGUAGGAACACUGGGCGAACUUACAUUCACUGAUAAUUCGAGUUGGAUCAGGAGUAGAAAGUUCAGGCUUGGCCUCAAGGUGGCUUCAGGAUAUUGCGAGGGCAUUCGUGUACGUGAGGCAAAAACCGAAGCCUUUAAUGUCAAGGAUCACAGAGGGGAAUUAUAUAAAAAGCACUAUCCUCCGGCCCUUUAUGAUGAUGUCUGGAGACUGGAGAAGAUCGGUAAGGAUGGUUCUUUCCACAAGAGGCUGAGUAAUAAUGGGAUUAAUAUUGUGGAGGAUUUCCUCCGCCUUGCUGUCAAAGAUUCUCAAAAACUAAGAACGAUCCUCGGAAGUGGCAUGUCUAAUAGGAUGUGGGAUGCUCUCAUGGAGCAUGCAAAGACCUGUGUUCUAAGUGGAAAGCUGUAUGUUUAUUACUCCGAUGAUGCAAGAAAUGUUGGCGUGGUAUUCAAUAAUAUAUAUGAGCUAACUGGUCUAAUUGCCAGAGGGCAAUAUUUUUCAGCCGAUUCUCUCUCCGACAGCCAAAAGGUUUAUGUUGAUACCCUUUUGAAGAAAGCAUAUGAAAACUGGCAUCAAGUUAUAGAGUACGAUGGCAAGGCACUUGUGAAUUCCAAACAAACGCGAAGAACGCGUUCAUCCCAAAAUGACCUAUCAAUGAGUGCAAUCAGUUAUCCAAAUGCUAUUGAUGAUCAGAUGGCUUUUCCCCAGUUGCAUACGACAGGUUCUACUGAGCAUGCUUUAGCGGAGAAUAGUAUAACACCUUUAGGAUAUAAUGAUAAUAUGGUGAACAAAUUCUCGAAUCAAACGCAUCCAAUGAAUUCUAGUUCACAUAAUCAGUUCGAGAACACUUUAUUCUCCCAGCAUGCUCUGAUAGGUGGCAAUGGUUCCGAACAAAGUCAGAUUACUGAGAGCAAUAACCGGGCAGGGUUGUCUUUAGGCCCUUCCCAGCCUUCUGCUUCUGGGUUUCCGAUCAUGCAAUCGUCUCAACCGUCCUCUAUCAACGCCUAUGAUGAUUGGUCACAGGGCCAAAUUUCAGAGGAAGAUAUCCGCAACAGAAGUCACGAAUUACUUGAAAGCGACGAUAUGCAGCAGCUGCUUAGACUUAUGAGUAUGGGAGGCCAUAUGAACAUGCCUGAUGAAACUUUUCAGUCAUACCCAACUUUCAUGCCGACACCAUCUAACUACAAUAGUUUCGAGGAGGACCGGAGUCGUCCAGGCAAAGCUGUUGUCGGUUGGCUGAAGAUCAAGGCAGCUAUGAGAUGGGGCUUCUUUAUUCGCAAGAAAGCAGCUGAGAGACGUCGUGCUCAGCUUGUGGAACUCGACGACUGAGAUGAUGAUUCAGUGUUUCUUGACUACGAAGCAGCGAUGUAUGUUUGCAUCAUGUUAAAUUGCUGCAAUUAGCUUCCAGUAUCAGGUCUGACUUUGCUGUUUAUUAUAAGAUUCAUGCGUAGAUAUGUUUUGUACAGAAACCUGUGCAGUGAUUUGUAUUCCAGUAAAACCUCUUUUAACUAAAACCUCCAUCGCAACACCUUUUCUUCUAGCGUGAGUUUCGGUUUUUGUAGUUAUGGCAAAAGUGUUUUUGGGAUUUCAGAUGUUCGAAUGGGUUUAGAGUACGAUAUUUUGAAUCAUGUCAAUUGUGA